CUGUCAGCUCUUCCUCAUCCAAGACCCAGCUCAAUUAUUUUGUAUUUCUAGCCCUCCACCCUAAAUCCUGCCUUUGCGCCACUAUGCUUUCCUGCUUGGCUCUCUGGAUUCCUUUUCUGCACAAAAGGUGAAUCCUUUGGAGGGGGUGGUCCUUUUUCUUUCUUGGCAUAGACACCCGAGGGAUGCCAUUCUGAUAAAAUUCAUGCUGCAGUUAUCUUUCUUUCUAUCCGAGAUUGAACUAUAGUGGACUGGAUUUUUCUCUCUCAGUAUCGUUGGAGGAGUUUACCUUUCUUAUUUACUUUCUAUAAGCUGAGUAAUGACUCCAAAAUUUUAACUCUUAGUAGAACAAUAAAGUUGCUGAGAAUCAGAAAUUCUCUACCUGGCUGUACUAUUUAUAGGUCACUUCACUGACUGCUGCUUACUAUGAACACUCGUUCCUGCUACUCUGAAAAAUCAUGAAGAUCAGGUUUAUCAGGAUACCAAAAACAAGCCGAAAGCCUCGACUGAUUCUUAAGCAGCUGCCUGCAUGGACGACUCCGGAUGCUGGUCCGGACUUGCUGCUGAGUGUUCAGAGGCAUGUGGAAGCGAAGACUGUGGAGCAGCUGGAUUCAGCACAAGUCAUGCAACUAGAGAGGAACCUGCAGUCCUUGCUCGGAGAGGCCCAAGUUCGAAAGACAGAGCUGAUGAUUGAAGCUGUUACGAGCUUUCAGCAGCAGGAGAUGCCUCUCCCCCCAGAAAGCCUGCUGAUGGAAAACGAGCUCUCAGCCAUAACCAACCAGCAGAGCCAGAACCAGAACCAGCAGCACGAGCAGGAAUUGGACGCCAUUCCAAAUCCAAACCAGCAGCAACAACUUUUCCUGAUGGGGAUGCACCUAAACAACAGCAACAAAUGUGGAGGUGGAGAUUCCAACAUCGUCCCAAUCCAGCAAUUGCAGCAUCAUCAACAAAACCAGCCUUUUCUCAUGGGUAUGCAUCUGAACCACGACAACCCCUCUACCACAAAUCAUAACAACACUAACAGCAGUAUCAGCAAUGGCGGUGCUGGAUCAGGUCCUUCUGUUGCCUCUCUGCUCCAGAGGGAUGCCUUCCAGAAGGGCAUCCUUCAUUUCUUCUGACCAGACCAGAAAGAAACUGCAUGCAGAGAAAGAAGCAUGCAUCCACCCAUCAGGAAAAAAAUGAAGCUAUUUGUACUACUUUCCUAAUAGUUUCUGAGUUUUGUGACACUAGCCCCAGCAGCCCUGCACUGGGGAGUGUUCUACUAGUAAAUAAGAUGAUUUUCUGGGUAAAGAGGAGGAAAAAUAGCAGCGGUAGCUGCUUGCUGCAAUCCAUGGUCAUAUCUAGAUGUUAUUAGUAUUACAUGUGUUGUAAAAAGGUCUGCCACGUGUGCCUGACAUUGCCACGUCUCAUGUCUGAGAAAGUACCACCUUGGAACCGUGGGCUUUCAAUUAUAGUUAUGUACUAUUCUAAUCUUAAUUAAUAACAUAUAAUUAU